CAAUGAACCAUAUCUCACAAGUCAAAAACAACUAACUAGAGUUAUACAAGAGAAAAAAGAGAUCAUAAAAACAAUGGACUCUUCAAAAAUUGUCCCACUUUUUCUAGUAUUGUCAUCCUUAGUAGUAGGAAUCUCAAAGGGUCAAAGUAGUGUACCAGUUGUGCCUGGACUUUCAUACACAUUUUACUCUUCUAGUUGUCCGAGUUUGGAGUCCAUUAUUAGAAAUCAUCUUUCGCAAGUUUUUCAAAGUGAUAUAACCCAAGCCGCCGGCUUGCUCCGCCUUCAUUUUCAUGAUUGUUUCGUUCAGGGAUGUGAUGGUUCCGUAUUGUUGGAUGGAUCAGCUAGUGGUCCAAGUGAGAAGGAUGCUCCUCCAAACUUGACGCUUAGGUCUCAAGCAUUUAAGAUUAUAAAUGAUCUUCGUGUGCUUGUGCAUCAACAGUGUGGACGAGUUGUGUCUUGUGCGGAUAUCACUGCCCUUGCAGCUCGUGAUUCUGUUAAUCUGGCAGGUGGACCAUUCUAUGGCAUACCCUUAGGAAGAAGGGACGGACUAAACUUUGCUACAACAGAUGCAACACUAGCCAAUCUACCACCUCCCUCUUUUAACACUACACAACUCCUCAAUUCCUUUGCUACCAAAAACCUAAAUGCCACGGACCUCGUCGCCUUAUCUGGUGGCCACACCAUCGGUAUCAGCCAUUGCACCUCUUUUACAAGUAGACUCUACCCUACUCAAGACCCUACCAUGGCCCAAACUUUCGCUAACAACCUUAAGCUCACGUGUCCUACUACUAACACUGAUAACACUACAAACUUGGACAUUCGUACUCCUAACAUUUUCGACAACAAGUAUUAUGUUGAUCUUAUGAACCGCCAAGGCUUGUUCACUUCCGAUCAAGAUUUGUUUACUGAUUCAAGGACGAAGGGAAUAGUCACAAGUUUUGCGGUUAACCAAACCUUGUUCUUUCAAAAGUUCAUAGACGCGAUGGUUAAAAUGAGCCAACUUAAUGUAUUGACGGGGUCACAAGGGGAAAUUCGCUCGAAUUGCUCCGCAAGAAAUGCUAAUAGUAGCGUGGAUCUCAAGACUAUGGUGGAUGUGGAUCAAGAACAAGGAAGAUUGUCACAAUAUUGAGUAACAUUUGUACUUCAAGUAGAGUAUUAUUUGGAGUUUAACUAUUUAUUUAUAUAUGUAUGUUUGGUAAACUUUUUACGUGUAAGGUGUGACGAUGUCUAGAUGUGUGCCUUUGGUGUGUUAUCUAUAUACAAUAUGCAUGAAUAAAUGAGAUUUAAUCUCAACGAAUUCCAUGCUCAAGUAUUGUAUUUUUAAUA